AUGGCGCCGCCGCUCCGCCCGCAGCCCCCGCGCCGCAGCGGCCAGGAGGAGAAGGAGGAGGUGGCGGCGGAGGAGGAGGAGGCGGAGAAGGCGCCGAGCCGCAGCGGGGACCGCCCGCCCGCCCAGCGCUGCGGGGGGCAGCGCCGCGGGCAGGGCCCGGCCGCCCGCCCCGCCCCGCCCCGCCCCGCCCCGGUGCGCGGAACACCCGGGAGCCGGGCGGUGGGGCGCGGGUGCGAGGCCGGGCCGGGCGGAGGUGGGGCCGCCCCGCCCCGCCGCCCCGGCCGCCGCCGGUGCCGAGCCGCUGGGAGAUGCCGGCCGGCUCUCAGGGGCGUCCCGUCAGCGGCGGGAGCGCCCGGGCGCGGGCAGCCAGCGGGGCCGGCCGAGGCAGCCGGGCUGCCGGCGGAGGCGGGCCGGGAGCCGCGGGCCAGGGCGGGCGGAGCUCCCCUGGCCCCGCCGGGCUCGUUUCCGGGGGCUCGGCACCCUCCCGCCCGGGCGGCAGCCUCCGAGGAGCGCCAGGAGGAGGAGGAGGGCGAGCUCGGUGACACGGUGAGAAUAUUCCCAGAUCGUCCCUUUGGUGUCUGUCCUAGGAUAGAUCCCAGAGGUGUCUCCAUGCUGGACACCCUCUUGAAGAUGUGCUGAGAGAAUCAUUAGCUUCUUGCCAACAAAACCAGCUCAAGAACAACAAAGGUGCAGGUGCAUUGCUGUGAUCAGCUAUGCACUUUAUGGGUAAAACCAAGGGAUAUGGGUCAUAACUGCACAGCAGAGAGCUGCACCGAGACUUCGAACAACCUCUGAGUGUCGCCCCCGACCUGCAGCACAGACCAGCUCACCGCAGCGCUGCUGGCGUCGGUGCUCAGCCAGGCAUGAGGCUGCGGCCCACCGAAACAGCACGUACUGG